GGGGGGGUUGAUGGAGAAGGAGGCUUCUCUUGAAUAGACUGGGUGAAUUUGUAAGGUCAUGUUUUGACUGCUGUGUAGGGGGGAGCCAGGUGUUUUUUAUUUUAUUUUGUUUAUCUGCCUGUAAUUAAGGGGUCAGGUAAAGUCUUCAACUUGUCUGCUGCUGCUUCCUCCCCUCGAGUGUUUGGGUGAACUUGUGAGGUUUGAUUAUUAGUGUGUGAAGCAGGAUUGGGGGCUUGGUGUAGGAGGCCACUGUGAACCUCUUACAUGAGUGGGGCAGUAGGACAAUCGGGGGAGUCUGUGUGGCUGCAAUUUAAGGGAAGGUAAAGUGUCCAACUUGCUUGUUUCUUUUCUCCCUUCUGCUCUAUCAGUGCCUGGCUGGAUUGUUGUUUUUGCUGCCAGUUGCUGGGGCUGUAUGAGCCAGAGAAGGGAAAAGGAUGCUUCAACCUGUGAACAUCUUGAAAGCAUGUCAGAGGUUUGACUGGGGGUGUGGGGAGAGAGGACUCUAAUCUGAAUAUAUUUUAGAAAGUUAGUGUCUGUAAAGGUAAAGUGUUCUUCUUCCUCACAGCUCUUGUUUUCUGAGAACCUGUCUGAAUUAUAUUUGUUGCCACUAAAUAUCUUGGCUCCAUCAGUCUGAGGGGGGAACCUCCCAGGUGUGGGGAAGUUGGAAGUGUUUAAAAAACAAACCCAUUUUUAUAAAUUUAAGAGUCUCUUUACUUUUCAUGUGUCUUUGGGGACUAUAACAAAUUGCAAAAUAAAAAUUUUGAUGCAGAUGCAAAUGGGUUUAGUUGUAACAUUUUUAGUUGUGUGGGAAGUAUUUUUUUUCUUUUCUGCUUUUUGCACUUUAGAAAAAGAGAGACACAAACCUAAACAGAAAAGCAGUGGGAGGUAGACAACAUUACAGGUUUCAUUUCUGAAACUGUCUGUUCAAGAAGUUGCUGGGAAGAAAACAAUGUGAUUCAUUGUUGAAGCGUCUCUUUCCUCAGAUUUAUUUUUGUACACUGGUUGAAGUUAUUUUUGAUUAACUGACUUCUUAUACUGACUCUUUUCUUGGAAACCGUAAAGUUCUUGGAAAUUAGAGGCUCACAAGAUUUUAUGUACUCAUUGGACCAGCUUCUGAGUUCAGAUUUGCCACAGUGAAAUUAUUUUGGGUUUACAUUAGUGUAACUGAGAUCAGAAUCUGGUCGUUUGAUGUUGGUGUUCCAUUUGGGUAGGGGCACUUUGUUUUGAAAGAAACCUGAAAUGGCAGGAUUCAAAUAAUAUAUUUCCUUUAAAAAAAAAAAAACUAAUUACUCACUUAGAGGGAAAAUGUGGUAGGUUGUAAAAUACAGAUAUGCUACAUGUUCAGUUUAAUGUGUAAUAUUCUGGAUCUUUCUCAGUUUUAAUAUUGCAAGAAACAUGUUUAUGUUUUGUGUACACAGCUUCCAUUCAGAGUCAGGGAACCCAGGGUGGUGGGGAAGAGGAGAAGGGAAAAUGAAUUUGUGUAAAAUAAAUAAAUAACAUCAGUGGGUAAACAUUACAUGCCUUGGCUUUGCUCCCUGUGUUUGCCCUUUAAAUUACAAACGGGGGUUGAUUUUAAUGGGCAGGGUUGGGUGGAUAGCAGCUUUGCAGAUCUGUUGUUGUUAGUUGGUGAGGACUGGAGAGAAGAGAGGGAGGUAGAGAGAGACACAAUGCCCAGGCUGGGAGCUCAUUGUUCUUUCUCAUACACUCUCCCAUAUUUAGGACUAUACUUGCACACAAACACAGCCUCUUGUUUCCUUCUUUUCUUUUGAGCAAUGGAGGAUCAGGACAGCAUUUUCUACCCCUUUCCCUCCGCACGCGCGCCCCCCCCCCUCCUGGAUGGCCUUUCUGUAACCUUGCAAAGGCGAAAGAGUAAAUCGGAAACUAAAGGACAUCAAAACGUUCAGCCUCUUCUUCCCUCCUCCCCUUCCCAGAGCUGGCUUCUGCUGCUGUUUCUUUUUUGUUUGUUCGUGACAGUGUAAAGAUGGGAUAGUGCACUUUACAUUCCCAGCCCAUGGGCUACUUCCUUUCACCCUCUUCUUUCUCCCUUCCCCCUUAGAAAAUUUUUCCAGGGCAAGAUGUCUCUGUCUCCCCCUCCCCCGCCUGCCGGAUUUGUGUAUUUGUGAUUGGUUUUUUUUUGUGGGUGGUGGUGGUGGUGAGAGUAGAAGAGAUUGCUAUUGUGGGAGAAUAUUUUGUUGUUAAAGACCAUGCUUAAGGCUAAUACAGUGAGGUGGACUGGGAUAGGAGCGAGUGAGGAUGCUAUGAUAUUUAGAAGUGAUCAAAGGGCAGACAAAUGUUUUACGUUAUAUUUCCUCUCUCUAUUCUAAACUGGAUUUAUGUAGCUUGUUGGAUGUCUUUUAUUUUACAAUGCAUUUGUAAAUGGAUUACUGUUACAGGUGUGGUCUGAGGCUGCCAAAGUAGGGAAGGGUUUGCCACUUAGCAACUUCGGAUUGGGGGUGGUAAAUCCUCAAAUGACUCACUGGUGCCUUCCAAUGUCUGAUAGCUUUGUGGUGUGCAAAAGUCAGAAGGGAAGGUGUGAUCACAGUAUAUUGGAUCCUGUAAGAAGACAUUUGAGGGUAUGCAGACACUCCUGUCAUACCUUUAUGGAGUACUAGGGUAAACAGUGUCAUGGUUAGAGCAGGGAACUGGAGUCAAGACUCCCCACAUAAUGUUUCUGAUUUUGGCAUUGACCUGCUGUGUGUAACCUUGGCCAAAUCACUUUCCUCCUCAGUGCCUGUUUUCUCAGCUUUGUAAAAUAUGGUGGCUGCAUCUGGACUGAGGAUUUUCAGGGACAUUUCCCAUGUUGUUUUAUCACAAGUGCAGCUCCAGUGGCAGUAACAACAGGAGGAACACUAGUGUAGACCAGCCACAGGGACAUUACUGUUGCCUCAUCUAACUCAGCUCAAAGCAUGUCUACAUGACAUAAUAGAAAAACUGCCAAUGGCUUUCUAAUGCUUCAGCACUUUCUGUAUGGAGCUUUGCUGGUGUUAGAGUAAUAGAGGGAGACUUCUCUGGCAUUCUUAGUGCAGACAAGGCCUUUGAGAUCCCUGGCUGAAAGAUACCAGUGUGAAGCAUUACUAUUCUGUAAGCUGAAAUGGUGACUGUAGCUAGGAGAGGCAAACCUGCCUUAGGCGCCAAUCCUGUAAUUGGAUUUAUUCAUUUAGACCCCUUUGCACCCAAGCGGAGUUCCACUGACUUCAUUGGGGUUCUGCAGAGGUGCAGAAAUGUGUCCCCACAGAUCUGAUUGCAGGAUGGGGGCUCUUUGGUCCUUUUCUGGAGCAAUAGGGGAGAGAAAAGGUUUCCUAAAUGCUGCAUUACAGGGUAAAACGUGAUUCAUAAUGAUUUUUCCCGAUUUCAUUUCUGUUCAAUAACUGUAAAUGCCAUGUUCCUUGCUACGUCAGCAUUAGCUGUAGUAUUAAUAGUUGUAUUAAGCAUCAGUGUGUGUAAACUUAGCAUCCUGGGCCCAAAAUGCAUUUGUCCAUCCUUGCAAUAAAGGGGUGUGGGCAGAUUGAGAGGUAACUUUAAUGAUUUAAUAAAUAAACACUUGCCUUGGGCAAGUAGAAUUUUGCAAGAUUGCCUUAUUGGCUGCGUAAUGGCGCAGCAGAACCUGUGUUAACCUAUUAACAGCUCUGCUGAUAAGAUAAGUUAGCCUAGGCGUGGCUUUGAAUUCAUGGACUUCAUCUUUAAAGGACAUUGAGCUUCAGUAACACGCACUUACAUUUUCUCUGUGAUGUUGGCAUGUAAAUACAGUACUCAAAAAAAGCCAUCAGAUUUUCAACAGAGAAAAAGUACUUGGUGGGUAGGCUUAGAUCCUGCAAUGACAGCUAUGUGGGAAGGCCCCUGCACCUUCACAAAUCUCCACUGGAGGUGCGGGGUCUUAAACAUUAUAAGAUUCCCCUUAUUUCAAAUCAACCAAACUCUUGAUUUGGUUUCUGUAUAUUAACUUCUCUCUUGUAUUACAGGAUGAAACCUGUUCAUUGUUAUCUUGUCACAAGAAUUUUAAAAUGAAACCCAAUUCUCCUUAUGUGCUUAUAAUAAUACAGUAGAUUAUUAAAUCCAAAAUAUUUUUUUAAAAUAAGUAUAUGUAAAAUGAGUAAAAUGUUUAGCAUUGAGCAUAAUUAACCAUUGGAGCAGUUUAUCAAGGAUUGUGGCAGAUUGUCCAUUACUGAAAAUUUUAAAUCUAGUUUGGAUGUCUCUCUAAAAGUUAUGCUCUAGCUCAAGCAUAACUGUUCGACUGGAAGCAAUAAUUUAUUCAAGGAAGUCCCAUGGUCUCUCUUAUGCAGGAGGUUAGAUUGGAAAGCCUUGAAAUCUAUUAGUUGUUUUUCAUCUGUUAUGCUGUUCAUUUGAUGCAUUUUUCUUAGUUUGGACAAUAGACUAAUUAACUUCUUAAAAAUGUCAAAUUUUUGCUUUCUGGUUCAGCUGUACAAGCAUGGAGAAGUUGUCGGGGUUGCAGAUGGAAAUGUUUAAAUCCAAACAAAUGAUGUGUUUUAAAACAUUUAAAGGACAACAAAUGAGUGCUUCUAUUCAUACAUAGUCUUAAAUCUAAACUUUGAGUUUAAACUGUUUGACAAGUAUCCCUUUUAAAAUAAACUAAAGUAGGCUUUCUUUAAACAGGGAAAAUACAAUAGAAAUAAUGCUACCUCCCAACAUCAUAGGAUUCUUACCAUUGGAAGCAAAAAACAGAACAAAAUCCCGUUGAUCAAAUCAAAUACUACUUGUUUGAUAUUUAUUUUGUUUGUUUACUUCAGGUCAGCUUGAAAUCAGGUUUACAGUCCAAUAAGGAUGUCUGUCCAAUAGAAUAAUUGGAAAUUACCUGCCAGGAUGGCAUCACUAAUAACAGUUGAGGAGUAGUUUUGGAUAGGAGGUUUUGGGGAAGAUGAAUAUGAGGAUGUUGCUAAUAUGUUGAUAGGAAAUAAAAUAAGCCACUUUCUGGAGGGGAAGGUGCGUGGAGCAGGAACCACGAUGAAGAAUUGUGCUUCUUACAUUGGUUUGUCAGCAGCAUUUUAAGCAAACUUUUAUAAUGCUGGUAGUUGUGCCCAACUUUUCCCUUCAAAGAGGCUGAUGUAUAAGCAAGGGAGAAAACAACCCAAGAGUACUGUGAUGAUUUCUUCUGCGUUAGAAACAUACUAAAGGAAGGGAUUUUAGACAACUGAGUAAAAGACAAGCUAAAAUAUUAGUUGACAGAUUCCAUUUCAACUGUAUGUCUAAAUAUAACUAUUUAGUAGUAGGUUGACCAAGAGAAAAGUAAAGCUAUAGCCUUAGAUUAGGUGGUGACUUGCAUUAGUUUUUCCUCUAUUUAAAAUGGGGAUAACAAUGCCCUCCUUUAUGAAACUCUUUGAAAUGUGUGCUUGAAAUGUGCCAUAUAAGAACUGGGUGGUGGCUUUGUCAAUCUUUCAGCAUGCUGACGUUACACUUCUCUUGAAAGUGAAACUCUUAAAAUGUAGUAUAAUGUGAGUGCUGCCUGCAUUUGGUAAGCACGUCUAUCAAGAUUGCUUUAAAAUCACUUUUGGUUGUAGGUAGUUUAAAAAUAAUUAAUUAGUAGAAAUUUAAUGGGAGCAGCAGGUAUCCUACUAAAUGAUCAGUUUUUUAUGCCUGUUGACUUAAAGCUUGCGGUAAACUGGGAAAAAAAAAUCUCAGAUGUUAUAGUGAAAAAGCACUGAAGUAACCUGGGUAUGAACCUCACUAUAUAUGUAUAUAUAUGUGUGUGUGUGUGUGUUAUCAGUAUACCAGCAUACAAAAUGUCCAAGGGUUCUGUUCUCCUAUUUAUCACAAUGGUAUUGAGACUAGAAUGUCACAAAUCAAUUUUUGGCCUAUUAUAGAGUAUACAACUCCAGUUGAAUAUUCAAAGUGCUUAAUUCCUCAGGCUGUAUUAAAUGGAGACUGUCAGCUUGAAAUCCAGUCAGUUUAAAAACAGUGCAGUUGAAAGGAAUUUCAGGUAUUACACCUGACCCUGAGUUUGCCACCAAUUGUUUUUUACAGUCAUAGUUUUCUAUUUUUUUAUAAACAUGUUUUUUCUUUCCCCUGUUGGGUGUGUGUUUACCUAGUGAACAAGAGAAACUGCUUAACUAAGGCCUGGUUUACACUACAAACUUAGGUGGACAUAAACCGCAUUAAAUCGAUCUAAUAAUGUAUGUGUCUAUGCUACCGAGUCCCUUCCGCCGACCUAAGUGGCCUGUAAAGUUGACUUCUGUACUCCACCUCCAUGAGAGGCAUAGCACUUGAUUCGACAUCCACUGGUCAACAUGGGGAAAAUGUAAACACUGCAUUGUGUAAUUCAAAUAAAUUGGCCUCCAGGAGGUGUUUCACAGUGCUCCACUGUGACCGCUCUGGAGAGCAUUUUAAACUCCACUGCACGUCAGCCAGGUACACAGGAAACAGCCGCUCCCCUGUUAAAGCCCCGGGAACUUUUCAAUUUUCAUUUCCUGUUUGAUCAGCAUGGAGAGCUCGCCAGCACAGCUGAUCAUGGAGACUCAAGGCCGCAAACACACUCCAACAUGGAGUAUACAGGAGGUGGUGGAUCUUAUUACUGGGUGGGGAGAAGAGUCUGUGCAGGCAGAGCUCUGAUCCAGCUGAAGAAAUGAUGACAUCUAUGCCAAGAUUGCACAGGGCAUGAGGGAUAAGGGGUGUACUAGGGACAGGCAACAGUGCUGCGUGAAAAUAAAGGAGCUUCGGCAACCAUACCGGAAGACAAGGGAAGUGAACAGUCGUUCUGGUUCUGCCCCGCAGACAUGCUGCUUUUAUGAGGUGCUGCAUGCGAUUCUCAGUGGUGACCCAACCACUACUCUGAAAGGCUCCGUGGAUACCUCCCAGGAGCCCCGGGCGACCUCGGGCAAUAACAAGGAGGACAUUGUUGACGAGGAGGAGGAGAAUGUGAGGCAGGCAAAUGGAGGAUCCAUUCUCCCUGACAGCGAAGAAUUGUUUUUAACCUUCGAGCACAUCCCUUCACAGGACCAGUUGGCGGUGAAGCGUGACACCAGGGAAGGCACCUCUACUGAAAUCUUGUCCAUCGGCGCAUCCUCCACACCGGAACAGAGACUUUCCCAGAUGAGAAGGCAUAAAAAGAAGACUUGGGAGGACAUGUUCGAUGAGUUAAUGCACAUCUCCAAGAGUGACAAGAUGGAGCUUAGAGCAUGGAGGAUUACACUGUCCGAGAACUUGGACGUGGACAGGGAGGACGAGAGCAUGCUGGGAACAAGUGCGUGCCACACAGGAGAGAUGCUGCGGAUUAUGAAGGAGCAGUCAGACACGUUGAGGCGUUUGGUUGAGGUUCAAGAAAGGCAGCUGGAUGCCAGAGUCCCUCUGCAGCCUAUGCUGAACCUGCUGCCAUCAUCGCCCAGUUUAUAUCCUCCUCCCGCAAAUGUCAUAUGAGGCUGGGGAGGGCCGGGGGAGAGUUCGGUGUCCCUUGCACUGAACACCAGGGGAGGGUACAAGGACCAGAAGGCGCCCAUUCCCACGCCUUUGAUUGAUAUUGCAGUGCAUCUUGUAAGCAAGAUUUUCUUGUUUCUCCCCCCAGAGUGUUAUCAGCCCUUUUGCCCCAGGUUAUCUUGCUUUUCUUUGCUGUCUCUGUGUGUUUGUAGCAUAAUAAAACUUAAUGGAUUGAGGAGAAAAGGAUCUUUAUUCAUUCAACACAUGGUGGUUGGUGGGGGUGGAGUUUACAGGGGAGAGAAUGCAAUGGAGGGGACAGUUUGGUAAGGAACAACACAGAUAAGUGUCACAUUACUCUAGCUCAUUGCUGAAACUGGUUUUCAAAGCCUCACGGAGAUGCAGAGCCCCUUGAUGUGCUCUUCUUAUUGCCCUGGUGUCUGGCUGCUCAAACUUGGCUGCCAGGCGAUCUGCCUUAACCCUCCACCCUGGCGGAAACUUUUCUCCCUUUGUUUCACAGAUAUUAUGGA